AUGGCCAGCGAGCUCGCCUGCACAUACGCUGCCCUUAUCCUUCACGAUGAUGGCAUUCCCAUCACGGCCGACAAGAUUUCGACGUUGGUGAAGGCCGCGAAUGUGGACGUGGAGGCGUACUGGCCCACGCUCUUCGCCAAGCUGCUCGAGAAGCGUAGCGUGGAGGACCUCGUCUCAAACAUCGGAUCAGGUGGCGGCGGUGCCGUUGCCGCUCCUGCUGCUGCGGGCGGUGCUGCCGCACCAGCAGCUGAGGAGAAGAAGGAAGAGAAGAAGGAGGAGGAGAAGGAGGAGAGCGAUGACGACAUGGGCUUCAGCUUGUUCGACUGA